GCUAAGAGCACCAUGCGAGCAGCAGCCAUCUCCACUCCAAAGUUAGACAAAAUGCCAGGAAUGUUCUUCUCCGCUAACCCAAAGGAAUCGAAAGGAACCACUCAUUCACUUCUAGACGACAAAGUACAAAAAAGGAGGCCAAAGACUUUGUAAGUUUGUUCAGAGUCUCACUUGUGAGUUCUAACAGGUUAUCUUUAACGGCAGAAGGAUUGAGAAUGAAUGGAAGAGAAUGUGAGCAUUUAUGUUGGUCCUGAUCAGAGGAAUUAACUGCCUGUUUGGAAUGGAUAUGAAAGCAUACCUGAGAUCUGUGAUCCCACAUCUGGAAUCUGGAAUGAAAUCUUCCAAGUCCAAGGACAUACUUUCUGCUGCUGAAGUAAUGCAAUGGUCUCAAUCUCUGGAAAAACUUCUUGCCAACCAAACUGGUCAAGAUGUCUUUGGAAGUUUCCUAAAGUCUGAAUUCAGUGAGGAAAAUAUUGAGUUCUGGCUGGCUUGUGAAGACUAUAAGAAAACAGAGUCUGAUCUUUUGCACUGCAAAGCAGAAAAGAUAUAUAAAGCAUUUGUGCAUUCAGAUGCUGCUAAACAGAUCAAUAUUGACUUCCGCACUCGAGAAUCUACAGCUAAGAAGAUUAAAGCACCAACUCCCACAUGUUUUGAUGAAGCGCAAAAAGUCAUAUAUACUCUUAUGGAAAAGGACUCUUAUCCCAGGUUCCUCAAAUCAGAUAUUUACAAAAAUCUUCUAAAUGACCUUCAGGCUAAUAGUCUAAAGUGACUGGUCCCUGGCUGAAGGGAACUAAAAGGUAGAACCAAGUGCAAAAGGAAUGUGCCAGUAUGGCUCCCUGGGUGAACAACUUGGCCUUUUUUGGGUGUCUUGACAGGCCAAGGGAGAACAAAUGACUCAGAAUGUAUUAACAUGAAAGUUGUCCAGGCGCAGAGUUGAAGAAACAUAAGCAAGACAAAAACUGAGAGACCGUAGAAGGAAGAAGACCCUGUGGUACUGUCAUAGAAAACAGUGGAGCUGUGUUAGAAAGCCCCUGAGAACUGGGAAGGCGAGGUAACUCUGGUUACACAGAAGCUGUGGACAAAGGCUAUGAAACGGAUUACAACACACUGCUAAGAGUCGAGGUCAACUGACAUCUACGCUGCAUAUUAUAUCGUUUGUAUUGAGCUAUGGAAGUCCCAUUAACUUAAAGUAUAUGUUUCAAAAUCGCCAUUGCUACUAUUGCUUGUAGCUGUUAUUUUGUUUGUUUUAUUGUUUUUGACUUUGGAAGAGAUGAACUGUGUAUUUAACUUAACCUAUUGCUCUUAAAACCAGGGAGUCAGAAUAUAUUUGUAAGUUAAAUUAUUAGUGUUAAUAAUAAAUGUGGAUUUUUUUAAUUAAAAUAUAUAGAAGCAAUUUAUGUUUAUAUGUCCUUGCUACUUUUAAAAACUUGCAUUUAUUCCUAAGAUUUUAAAAAUAAAUAAUUCAAACAAGA